AUGGUUUUUACUGCAAUCGUUACUACGCUCCUCUGCUCAUUACCACCAUCCUUGUCAAACUUGAUCACCACCCAAACCAGUUCAAUCAUCACAACAAACACGGUCGAACAAGAACAAUUUAACUAUGAAAUUGUCAUUCCCCAAUCGAUACGAUCUUCAAGAUCAAUCUCAUUUCUACCUGAUUGGAAAGCUCGUCUCAGAAAUAAACAACAAAAUCGUCAAAAACGUGCUCAAAACUCGUUCCAUGAGCAGUUAAAUGCAACUUUGUACUAUCGUAUCUAUGGUUUUAAUCAAACCUUUGAUUUAAGUUUAACCGAAGACGAAGCAUUUCUCGCACCAUCGUUUGUUACUCAACAUUACAGUGAAAAUCGAACAUGGUUAACAAGAGAUAUUGAACAUUGUUUCUAUAAAGGUCAUAUUAAUCAAAAUCCUUUGUCAACCGUGUCGAUCAGUUUAUGUCACGGUUUGUUAGGUACAUUUAUUUACAAUGACGUAGAAUAUUUCAUUGAACCUAAGCGUCAGGAGAAUGAAAUGAAAUGGAAUUUUGAACAUCUGUUUUACACACAUAAAGAUUCCAUAGAGUCAAUCACGGAUGGUGCGCAAACAGUACGAUGCCCUGUUGACGGUGUUCCUUAUUUCGAAAAAGACAAAUCUUAUCCUCAUUAUGAACGGAGCCACAAGCAACGAUUGCAAAACUCUUCUCCUCAACUCCCUGCUUCUAUCGAAGAUGAUUUGACACAUUCUUCUUACAAAAGAAAUCAUUUCAAACGUCGAGCUAAACGCCAAACUGAACUGGAUCCUACUGCCAAACAUGUGGAAGUACUCGUGGCUUACGAUGACUCAAUCAAACAAUUCCAUUCAGAUGUUGAUAUCAAAUCUUACAUUCUCACUCUCUUUAGCUACGUUUCAUACUUGUAUUCGGACGCAAGUAUCGGAAAUAAUAUUAAGAUAUGGCUCGUCAAAUUAGUCGAUCUGGAUGCCGCAUUUACUAGAUAUAUAACAUCGAGUGAUGAUGCCGCGGACAUCUUAGGUACAUUUUGCAAAUGGCAGAAAGAUUACAAUGAUGCGGAUACGUACGAUACCGCUGUUCUUCUCACAAGAACGCCUUUAUGCAAUAAACGAGCCAAAAAUGUAACUGAUAGUAAAUGUGACACAUUAGGAUUAACUGAAUUAGGUACAUUGUGUAAUAAAACAUCGAAAUGUGCUGUUGUACGUGAUAAUGGAUUUGCUACUGCAUUUACAAUUGCUCAUGAAAUUGCUCACUUAUUCGGUAUUCGACAUGAUAAUGACAAAGCAUGCUUAGAUCACACAAAAGAACAGAAUAUCAUGGCAACAUCACUCACAUUCAAUCACAAUCACUACAAAUGGUCGAAUUGCAGUCGACACUAUUUCACUCAAUAUCUCGAGUCGGAUCGAUAUCAAUGUUUGAACAACGUACCUGAUUACAAAUCUGCAACAUGGAAAGAUUUGAAUGCUGAGCAAGCAGCACGUCAAUUACCCGGUCGUUUCAGUGAUCUUGAUGCUCAAUGCCGGCGAGCAUUCGGUGUGACUUUUGAAUACUGUCGUGAUUUAAGUCAUGGGCCGAAAUGUCAUCGUUUAUACUGCCGAGAGAGACUCUCAAAUUUGUCAUCGUGUAUAACAAAUCAUGCCCAUUGGUCUGAUGGCACGCAAUGUUCAGUCUCAUAUACAGAAAUCAAAAGAUGUUUUCGUGGUGAUUGCCGAAGCACACGUGAGCUUCAAUCAAUCGAUGGCAAUUGGGGAGACUGGUCGCCGUGGUCACCCUGUACCCGUACAUGUGGCAGCGCUGUACAAAAAUCGCAACGUUAUUGUGAUAGUCCAAAACCAGAGAAUGGCGGAAAGUAUUGUUCGGGUACAUCAACCCGAAUACGGUCAUGUGAAGAUAAUCCACCUUGUAAAGAUCCUGUGGAUAUGUUUCGUUUACGUCAAUGUUCAGUCUUUAACAAUCGCACCAUUGAUCCUUCAUUGCCUUUUGGUACAAGAUUUGAACCGAAAUAUAAUGUCUUGGCUAGUGAAAGAUGCAAAUUAAUCUGUAAAGUAUCGGACGAUCGUCUCGAACGAUCAUUUGUCCUUGGCGAUCGUGUGGAGGAUGGCACUCCCUGUGGACGAGAAGAAGAAACAAGAGAUAUUUGCAUCAGCGGUGUCUGUAUGCCGAUGGGUUGUGAUCAGAAAUAUGGAUCAAACGCAACAGAAGAUGUUUGCGGAGUUUGUAAUGGGCAAAAUCGUACUUGUAAAUUAUCGAGUGGACAAAAACGAGUGUCAGACUUUGGAAUUACCAAUAUCGUGGAUAUUCCUAUCAAUACAACACGUGUUCAUGUUGUGCAAAUAUCGUCGGGAAAUGAUCGUUACUAUUUAGCGGUAAAACAUGUCAAUGGAACGUAUGUUUUGAAUGGAAUACAUAGUCUUCAAUUAUACAAUGUUAAAAUUCGUAUUGGAACUGCGACACUUUCUUAUACAGGAUCAGAUUCCGGAAAUGAAACGGUUAUCAUAACGGGUCGUUUGAAAGUUCCAUUAGAAAUUCAAGUGAUAUCAAUAUAUCAAGCGGGUGCUCCGGCUACAUCGGUUAUUUGGGAGUAUUAUUCGCCAUUUGAUGAAACUGAUGUGUCACGACAAUAUGGUGAUCAAUCUUCGGAUUACUAUUGCGAUCGACCUUGUCAAGGCUUUAAACAAGUUCAGAAAUGUAUUAUUCAUGGAAAAGAAUAUGAUUCAUCCUAUUGUAUAGCAUAUAAAAUACAGUAUACAUAUGAAAAGGAAAGUUGUAACAAUGAUUGUCUUCUCAGUUGGAAUACACGUUAUCAACAAGCUUGUUCAACCCGAUGCAGUGAUGGAUAUAAACGUGUCAUAUACGAGUGUACAAAAACAAGUCUUCUUGAUCGAACUAUGGAAUCACUUGAUGAAAAUGUUUGCCGAAGAUAUGUAGGAGAGAAACCUGCUGACGUCGUCUCAUGUGUUGGUGAUUGUACAGGAACGGGUUGGGUUUAUGGAAGCUGGGGCGAAUGUCAUUAUGAUGGCGGCUGUGUACGUAAACGUGUAGCUGAUUGUCGCAAUGCAUCGAAUUUAUCUACAUCACCUCAUUAUUGCGUAUCGGAUUUCAUUUAUAAUACGGAACGUUGUGCCGAAGCAUCAUGCGAUCAAUCACGAUGGAAUUAUACCGUGUGGUCAAAUUGCGAUUGUGUAGCGAACCAACGCCAUCGAAUUGUUACAUGCGUUCGGAAUGGUAAACAAGUCAACGAUCACGAAUGUCAACAUGAACCAAAACCUGAUGAAACUGUUUCCUGCUCUGAUGAAUGCCCCGUCUCAGCUCAAUGGCAAGCACAGCCUUGGCAACCGUGUACGGCAACAUGCUCGUCACAACAAGGUAUUCGUCGGCGUCAGAUUCUUUGUACUCAUUAUGGAACAAUUGUCCAAGAUGGCUACUGCGAUCCGAGACUGAAACCCAAUGAACAAGAAUGGUGCUCAUCAAAUGUUACCUGUACAGCAUGGUUAACGAGCGAAUGGUCACCCUGUUCAGUUACAUGCGGAAAAGGUGUUCAAAGACGUGCCAUAAUAUGUCAUCAAGAUGGUCGACCAAUGGACCACUCGAAAUGUCCACAACCAACGCCUAGUGAGCAACAAACAUGUCAUGCACCCGAUAGUAAUCUAUGUUCAACACUACGUUGGUCAAGUGGACCAUGGAGCGAUUGCUCAGUGACAUGCGGCACAGGCAUUCAACAGCGAAAUGUUUAUUGCCAUGAUUCAUCACGUCCAUCAUCUCUUAUACCAGAUAUUGAAUGCUUAUCAGUGCUAGGAGACAAGACAAAACCGAACGAACGACAAACUUGUGUGAUCAAUGAAUGUCCACAAUGGCAAACAAGUUCAUGGAGUAAAUGUUCAGGAACAUGUGGUUCUGCUGUGCGUCAUCGACACGUAUGGUGUUCAUACAAUGGACAAGAAGUCGAGAAUAGUCAUUGCGCAAAUCUCAAUCAUAAACCAUUAUCUACUGAAACGUGUCAUAUAGAUUUAUACUGCCCAGAAUGGACAUCUGGAAUGUGGUCUGAAUGUUCUGCUCCAAUGUGUUCGACAGGUAUGCAGUAUCGACAGGUUGUUUGUCGACAGGGCGAUGAUAUCAUAUCGAACAUGAAUUGUGAUGAAGCGUCAAGACCACUAGAAUUGCAGGCAUGUUAUACGUAUAACAGCACGAUCUGUUCAGUUAUUCGACCACUCUCAUCACUACAAAGUGCAUCGUCAUACAUAUGGGAUGUGAAACAAUUUGGAGAGUGUAGUGCAACUUGUGGUAUUGGUCGACGUUUACGACAAGUACACUGUAUUGAUAGUCAAACAAAAAUAUCUUAUGAUGAUCAAUACUGUGCUCAAUUACCCAUUAAACCAGUCGAAUACGAAACAUGCAAUUUAGACCCAUGUCCUACUUGGCAAGCCGAUCCCUGGUCAUCGUGCCCAGUAACAUGUGGUUCAGGUGUACAACACCGCAGAGUGACGUGCAAACACCGUGAAGAAGUCGUAUCACCAGAGAAAUGUAAUGGUCUUAAUAGGCCUGCAGCAACAAUGCAAUGUCAUGCGACACCUUGUCCGUUAGGUACAAGUUACAAUAAUCAUUUUUCGCCAUCGGCAGCGACAUGGAUACCAAACGAAUGGGGACAGUGUGAUCGUCAAACGUGUCAACAAACACGAACCGUUCGUUGUAUUGAUACCAUGAAUGCGCGCAUUAUGCCACCUUGGAAUUGUACAAAAGAUCAACUACAACCACCAUCGAAUCGCACGUGUCGAGUAGCGGCGUGUAUGGAAUGGCGUGUUGCUCGUUGGAAUAGCUGUUCUGUCAAAUGUGGUCGUGGUUUUCAAUAUGGUUUUGGUCUUAGUUGUUUCACUCGUCAGAUGCCUAUACGUGAAAUAAAUUCAAGUGAAUGUGAAUUAGCUGAACCUCCAUUGCCUACACCUCUUACGCGACGAGAAUGUCGUCGUAGUUGUGUUGAAUGGCGAACAAGUGAUUGGUCAGAGUGCGACGCACAAUGCGGUACAGGCAAAAGAUUUCGACAAGUAACUUGCAAUCGAAAAUUAAAUGGACAACAUGUUCCCGAUCACAUGUGUCUACAAAAACGACGAAAUUUAACAAGACCAAUAUCUGAGGAAAUCUGUACGAAAGCUUCAUGUUAUAAAUGGAUCUCAACAGAAUACUGGACUCGAUGUUCGGUCACGUGUAAUGGUGGUUUCGAAGAAAAUAUCUAUCGUUGUGUCUACACUGCAAAUUCAAGUGAACAAAUAGUUCAUGAUCAAUUGUGUAACGGAGUUAUCCGACCACAAAUACGUCGUUCAUGUCAUCUUCAACCAUGUUUAUCAACCUCAUACAAUGUCACAAGACGGCGUGGUGGUGGUCGUCGUCGUCGAUGGGAAGUCAGUUCAUGGUCACAGUGUAAUGUACCAUGUGGAGUUGGUGAACAGUAUCGAUCUGUUCGAUGUUUUGCUAUAUUUCGCAAUCGAACAAUUCCCGAUCGUUUUUGUCGACAUUUAUCACAACCUAAUCGUGUACAACAAUGCUNUAUUAUUCGCCAUUUGAUGAAACUGAUGUGCUUUAAACAAGUUCGUAAAUGUAUUAUUCAUGGAAAAGAAUAUGAUUCAUCCUAUUGUAUAGCAUAUAAAAUACAGUAUACAUAUGAAAAGGAAAGUUGUAACAAUGAUUGUCUUCUCAGUUGGAAUACACGUUAUCAACAAGCUUGUUCAACACGAUGCAGUGACGGAUAUAAACGUGUCAUAUAUGAGUGUACAAAAACAAGUCUUCUUGAUCGAACUAUGGAAUCAUUUGAUGAAAAUGUCUGUCGAAGAUAUGUAGGAGAGAAACCUGCUGACGUCGUCUCAUGUGUUGGUGAUUGUACAGGAACGGGUUGGGUUUAUGGAAGCUGGGGCGAAUGUCAUUAUGACGGUGGUUGUGUACGUAAACGUGUAGCUGAUUGUCGCAAUGCAUCGAAUUUAUCUACAUCACCUCACUAUUGCGUAUCGGAUUUCAUUUAUAACACGGAACGUUGUGCCGAAGCAUCAUGUGAUCAAUCGCGAUGGAAUUACACCGUGUGGUCAAAUUGCGAUUGUAUAGCGAAACAACGCCAUCGAAUUGUUACAUGCGUCCGAAAUGGUAAACAAGUCAACGAUCAUGAAUGUCAGCAUGAACCAAAACCCGAUGAAACAGUUUCCUGUUCUGACGAAUGUCCCGUCUCAGCUCAUUGGGAAACGCAGCCUUGGCAACCAUGUACGGCAACAUGCUCAUCACAACAAGGUAUUCGUCGACGUCAGGUUCUUUGUACUCAUUAUGGAACAAUUGUCCAAGAUGGCUACUGCGAUCCGAGACUUAAACCCAAUGAACAAGAAUGGUGCUCAUCAAAUGUUACCUGUACAGCAUGGUUAACGAGCGAAUGGUCACCCUGUUCAGUUACAUGCGGAAAAGGUGUUCAAAGACGUGCCAUAAUAUGUCAUCAAGAUGGUCGACCAAUGGAUCACUCGAAAUGUCCACAACCAACGCCUAGUGAGCAACAAACAUGUCAUGCACCCGAUAGUAAUCUAUGUUCAACACUACGUUGGUCAAGUGGACCAUGGAGCGAUUGCUCAGUAACAUGCGGCACAGGCAUUCAACAGCGAAAUGUUUAUUGCCAUGAUUCAUCACGUCCAUCAUCUCUUAUACCAGAUAUUGAAUGCUUAACAAUGCUAGGAGACAAGACAAAACCGAACGAACGACAAACUUGUGUGAUCAACGAAUGUCCACAAUGGCAAACAAGUUCAUGGAGUAAAUGUUCAGGAAAAUGUGGUUCUGCCGUGCGUCAUCGACACGUAUGGUGUUCAUACAAUGGACAAGAAGUCGAGAAUAGUCAUUGCACAAAUCUCAAUCAUAAACCGUUACCGACUGAAACGUGUCAUAUAGAUUUAUACUGCCCAGAAUGGACAUCUGGAAUGUGGUCUGAAUGUUCUGCUCCAAUGUGUUCGACAGGUAUGCAGUAUCGACAGGUUGUUUGUCGACAAGGCGAUGAUAUCAUAUCGAAUAUGAAUUGUGAUGAAUCAUCAAGACCACUAGAAUUGCAGGCAUGUUAUACGUAUAAUAGCACGAUCUGUUCAGUUAUUCGACCACUCUCGUCACUACAAAGUGCAUCUUCAUACAUAUGGGAUGUGAAACAAUUUGGAGAGUGUAGCGCAACUUGUGGUAUUGGGCGACGUUUACGACAAGUACACUGUAUUGAUAGUCAAACAAAAAUAUCUUAUGAUGAUCAAUACUGUGCUCAAUUGCCCAUUAAACCAAUCGAAUACGAAACAUGCAAUUUAGAUCCAUGUCCUACUUGGCAAACCGAUCCCUGGUCAUCGUGCCCAGUAACAUGUGGUUCAGGUACACAACACCGCACAGUGACGUGCAAACAUCGUGAGGAAGUCGUGUCACCAGAGAAAUGCAACGGUCUCAAUAGGCCUGCAGCAACAAUGCAAUGUCAUGCGAUACCUUGUCCAUUAGGUACAAGUUACACCAACCAUUUUUCGCCAUCGGCAGCAACAUGGAUACCCAACGAAUGGGGACAGUGUGAUCGUCAAACGUGUCAACAAACACGAACCGUUCGUUGUAUUGAUACCAUGAAUGCGCGCAUUAUGCCACCUUGGAAUUGUACAAAAGAUCAACUGCAACCACCAUCGAGUCGCGCGUGUCGAAUAGCGGCGUGUAUCGAAUGGCGUGUUGCUCGUUGGAAUAGCUGUUCUGUCAAAUGUGGUCGUGGUUUUCAAUAUGGUUUUGGUCUUAGUUGUUUCACUCGUCAGAUGCCUAUACGUGAAAUAAAUUCAAGUGAAUGUGAAUUAGCUGAACCUCCAUUGCCUACACCUCUUACGCGACGAGAAUGUCGUCGUAGUUGUGUAGAAUGGCGAACAAGUGAUUGGUCAGAGUGCGACGCGCAAUGCGGUACAGGCAAAAGAUUUCGACAAGUAACUUGCAAUCGAAAAUUGAAUGGACAACAUGUUCCCGAUCACAUGUGUCUACAAAAACGACGAAAUUUAACAAGACCAAUAUCUGAGGAAAUCUGUACGAAAGCUUCAUGUUAUAAAUGGAUUUCAACAGAAUACUGGACUCGAUGUUCGGUCACGUGUAAUGGUGGUUUCGAAGAAAAUAUUUAUCGUUGUGUCUACACUGCAAAUUCAACUGAACAAAUAGUUCAUGAUCAAUUAUGUAACGGAGUUAUCCGACCACAAAUACGUCGUUCAUGUAAUGUUCAACCAUGCUCAUCAAUCUCAUACAAUGUCACAAGACGGCGUGGUCGCCGUCGUCGAUGGGAAGUCAGUCCAUGGUCACAGUGUAACGUACCAUGUGGAGUUGGUGAACAGUAUCGAUCUGUUCGAUGUUUUGCUAUAUUUCGCAAUCGAACAAUUCCCGAUCGUUUUUGUCGACAUUUAUCACAACCUAAUCGUGUACAACAAUGCUUUCAAGUCGUUUGCUCACCCACGUGGACAACACACCCAUGGUCAUUGUGCACAUCCACAUGUGGUGCAGGUAUUGAAUAUCGAGGUAUAUCUUGUCAUGAAGUAAACAAUAAUGGAUAUCUAUUGAAAAACAAUUAUUCGAACAAAUGUGAUCCAUAUCGUGCACCAACAACUCGCAUUUCGUGUAAUAUGGGCGAUUGUGAAAGUCCAUACUUAUGGCAUGUAGAACCGUGGUCGAAAUGUUCAUCGGAUUGUAAUCGCGGUGAACAAACUCGACGGGUUUAUUGUAAAAAUCGCCAGUCAUCUCAACCGGUUAACGAUUUAUUUUGUACUCCUCACAAACCUGUUACACGUAUUGAUUGUUAUGGAUUCUUAUUUGAUUAUAAUCAAACUAAAAUACAUCCAUUAUCGUAUUUCUAUGUUGCUUUGUUAAACAAUAAUUCAUCAAAACUUUCUUCUUCUUGUCCACUAUUCUUUUUGCUCACAAUCAUUCUUGUCCAUAUAUUGUACAGAUUUUCGAUGAUGAUGAUUUGA